AUGGCGACUUCCAUGGUUAGCCUGGUUUUGCUCUGCCUCGUUUCUCCCUUGCUCCUCGCUGGCGCCGCCCGCGGCAACCCGUGGUACGGUGGCCUGUUCCCGCAGUUCUACGACCACUCUUGUCCCCAGGCAAAGGAGAUUGUGCACUCCAUCGUGGCGCAGGCCGUCGCCAGGGAGACCAGGAUGGCGGCGUCCCUCGUCAGGCUGCAUUUCCAUGACUGCUUCGUCAAGGGGUGUGAUGCAUCUGUGCUGCUCGACAACAGCACAAACAUUGUGAGUGAAAAGGGAUCCAAUCCCAACAAGAAUUCCAUCAGGGGAUUCGAGGUCGUCGACCAGAUCAAGGCUGCACUCGAGGCUGCCUGCCCUGGCACCGUCUCCUGUGCCGACAUCCUCGCCCUGGCCGCUCGUGACUCCACAAUUCUUGUUGGUGGCCCUUACUGGGAUGUACCACUCGGGCGGAGGGACUCUCUGGGUGCCAGCAUCCAGGGCUCCAACAACGACAUCCCUGCACCCAACAACACCCUCCCCACCAUCAUCACCAAAUUCAAGCGCCUCGGCCUCAACCUCGUCGAUGUUGUUGCCCUCUCUGGUGGUCACACCAUCGGCCUGUCCCGCUGCACCAGCUUCAGACAGAGGUUGUACAACCAGUCGGGCAACGGCCUCGCCGAUAGCACGCUGGACGUGUCCUACGCGGCACAGCUCAGGCAGGGCUGCCCACGCUCCGGCGGCGACAACAACCUCUUCCCGCUGGAUGUGGUCACCUCGACCAAGUUCGACAACUUCUACUUCAAGAACAUCUUGGCUGGCAGAGGCCUUCUCAGCUCCGACGAGGUCCUCCUCACCAAGAGCGCAGAGACGGCGGCGUUGGUCAAGGCGUACGCAAAUGAUGUGCAUCUUUUCUUCCAGCACUUCGCGCAGUCGAUGGUGAACAUGGGCAACAUCUCGCCUCUCACUGGGUCGCACGGGGAGAUUAGGAAGAACUGCAGAAGGCUCAACAACUACUACCACUGAGUUAUGUGCUUUGUGUUAUCAACUGUAUCCCUACAUCGAGCUUUGUCUGCUGAACUGUACAUGUACUGUUCAUACCCUCGUACCGAUCGAAGAUUUCUAGAA